AGGUUUGACUUCAGAUGUGACUUCUGCCAUGCUGCUGGACAGUAGCUUCCACUUUCACUUUCUGAGAAGUCCACACCCCGAAAGUGAAUCGGCUCUUACGUCAGACGUCUCACUCUGCUCAACACAACAGUUGAAUCGACGGCAGUUUCCUGUCUUGCAGACAUUAUCCUGAGAGAUAAAAGGCACACCAUGUAUGCAGUUGUUACUCUGCAAGACUCAGAUGAGGUGGUGGUGGCACCAACAAACUGGCUGAGUCUAGACAAGAAACAAUGUUACUGGCCCCCAUUCAAAUCACCAGACAAGUGCAUGGAAGCUGUUCAGAACAGAAUUAAACCUGAAACAGGAGGGAAACCAUGGGAGAAACUGAACAUUAGCUUUCACGGAGAACAUGUCACUUUUGAGAAGGCAAAAGAGGGGCAAAAAGAAACCAAAGAACAGAAAGAACGGUCAUAUCUAUUAGCCACUGGAUUCCCUGGAAUGCUAAAAAGACAAAGACUUGAAAGAAUUCAAGGAAUGUCAAAUAAUUAUCUACAACCACUUCCUGCAGUAACACCUGCAUCGACAUCCAGAAUGACAGCUGAUGACCUGGAUGAGCUCCUCGAAAUGCUGAGAGACAUCAAGAGCACGGUUCAGGAAAACAAUGCUAUGUUAAAGAAACUACUAAAAGACAAUACAGUUUCUGAAGCCCCCAGCAGUACAAGCGUGCCUUCAAAAGCUAUUAAAGCAAACCUAAAACUGCCUCUUGGAACCUUUGAAGAUAUGGCCAUGAGUGAAAGAGAGCUCAGCACCGCAACAACACGGAAAAAAUAUGUCAAAUUUUUGUCAGGACUUGGAGGUUUUGGCCCCAAGGAUGUGAUUAAGAAUAUUAUGCAGCAAGUUAUAACAGAUGAUCUGGCUAAGGAGUUCAACUGGCAGGGGAGAGGAGAAAAAAGACCCUUCUCUCAUCUUAUUUUAACAGAUGUGAUCCGAGAUGCUGCAUUCAAACGAAGUGUAAACAGGGCUGAGUGUGAAAAUGAAAUAAAAAAAUAUUUGAGUUACACAGCUGACAGACUCGGUCGGAAGCGACUAAGAGAACAAGGAGGUCCUGGGCUUGAGAAUCCAAAUGAGAUUUCCCCCUCACUGAUGCCAGAGACAGACAUACCUUGGGACAUUUUGGGAUUUUGAUCAUCAAUUUAUAAUUUAUUUCACUUGGACAUUACUAAAUUAAUUGUCAUGUUUUCAGUCAUAUCCCAGCAGUGGGAAGCAUGCUUGUCUGAUGCAAUAUCUAAAAUAUUAAUUUUAUAUGUAUAUUUUUUAUUAUUAUUAUUUUAUUUUUUUUGUAGACUACAGUAUAUAUGUCUUUUUCAAUGUUUCAUUCAAAAUAAACCAGAAUUACAGAAGAUUUCUCCUUCUUUUCCAGUGCAGGAUUUUAAACUUACACUAGUGAAUUUACUGUAUUUAUGAUCAAAAUAAAGAUACACCAAUAUGUU